GGCAGGCUCAGAUCAGCCGCCAUCUUCGAUCCAGAGCGAGGCUGAGGGGCCAGAAUGUGGCAGCCCAGCCCCCUUCCAGCGCUGCAGAGCCCGUUAUCUCAUUGUAGAAGGCAAUCAGGUUGGUCAGGCACGACUUGCCCUUGGUGAAUCUAUCCCCCAUCACCCCCAAUUUCUCCAUCCCCGCCCGAGGAGUAUCAUGAACCCAUGAUCAGGGGUGAAGCUGUUACCAGGGGUUCUUUCAACCCAAAGCUCUUGGUAAUUUUUACCCUGCGUGAGGAGGUGUCAGGAAAUAAAUCGGGGGAGACGUGACCACCUGACCGAUCGAUGGCUGGCACACACAGGACAACAAUGAAAGCUAAACUUUACUUAGUCUCUAGCACUCUCACACAUCUGCAACAGAUCUCCCCGAACGACAUCUCCGGCGCCCACUAUGGGCCGGAGCAGGAAGUGCGGGAUGAGGCACCCAGCAGAGCUCAGAGAGGCGCCCGGAGGAACCUGCUGGAGCUCCAAAGAAGGAGAAUCCGCCCGGGCUGCCGGCUGCCAGCAGAGGCACCCGAGGACAAAGCGGAAGUCCCGUCUGGGAUUGGGGACCUGGUUCUGGCAGCUGAGUUGAUGGAGAUGGCCGGGGUGUCCCCCUGCUAUGCCCAGCCCUGGGGCGGGACCCAGCUGGCCGUGCAGCAUGACCAUGGGGCCUACGGCGUCCCCCAGGAGCCGGCCGUGCUGGGCCGCAUGGUGCGGGAGCUGCAGGAGACCGUGCAUCGGCAGAGCCAGCUGCUGCAGAGUUUGCAGGAGGCCCUGGCCGCUAGCCAGGAGCGCUGCCAGGAGCUGCAGGUGAGGGGCGAGGCACUAGGGGGCACCGUGCUGCAAGGAGGGGGCAUGGGCAUCAUUGCAGGGGGCACCCUUCCCAUACCCCACCCCAGAGUCAGCCGCAUCCCAGUGCCGGGUGAGGGGCCCCUGGAUACCCAGCCCCUGUGCCCCACCCCAGAUGAGCUGGGCGAAGGGUCCCCAGAUACCCAGCCCCACCUGCAUUCCAGCGCCAGGCGAGGGGUCCCUGGAUACUCAGCACCUGUGCCCCACCCCAGAUGGGCCGGGCGAGGAGUCCCCGGAUACCCAGCCCCUGUGCCCCACACCAGAUGGGCCGGCGAGGGGUCCCCGGAUACCCAGCCCCUGUGCCCCACCCCAGAUGGGCCGGGCGAGGGGUCCCUGGAUACGCAGCCCCACCCCAGAGUCAGCCGCAUCCCAGUGCCGGGCGAGGGGUCCCUGGAUACCCAGCCCCUGCGCCCCACCCCAGAUGGGUUGGGCGAGGGGUCCCUGGAUACCCAACUGCGUCUCUGGCUCUGUGUGCCGCAGGAGAGGUCGGCGAGCGAGUGCUGGGCGCUGGUGUCAGAGCUGGGCCAGCGGAUUGUGGCGCUGGAGGCCGAGAACCGGAACCUGCGGUGCGAGCGAGAGCAGCUGGAGAGCCAGACGCAGGGGCUGCGGGAGGAGCUGGAGCGGAGCCGCGGCACGGUGCUGCACAUCAGCCACAAGCUGAAGGAGCAGGGGGGCCGGGGCAGGCAGGGCCGGUUCUGCCUGGCCAGCGUCCGGGGCGACGGCAAGUGGCUGCGGUUCUACACCGGCUUUGGCAGCGCCCAGCGCCUGGCCGCGUUCCUGGCCUUCCUGACGGAGGGGGAGCCGCAGCGCGGGGCUGAGCCGGGCCCCCCCAGCGCCCUGAGCCCCGAGGACCAGCUCUUCCUGGUACUCGUGCGGCUGCGGCUGGGGCUGCUCCUGCAGGAUCUGGCCUUUCGCUUCCACCUCUCUGAGACCACCGCCUCCCGCUACUGGCUCAGCUGGACCCAGCUCAUGGAGACCCGGCUGGCCCAGGUGCCGGUGCGGUGCAGCCCGCGCUACGUGGAGCGCUUCGAGCCGCGACAGGCGGCGCGGGUCGGGGGCAUCCCGCUGGUGGUGUUGGAUUGCGCCCAGCUCUGCUUCGAGGGCCGGGGUCGGCGGCUCUACGCCCUGCAGGGCUGCGCCCUAGCCGCCCCCAGCGGCUUCCUGGCCUUCUGCUGCAGCGCCGCCCUGCGGGGCGGGGAGGGGGCUGCAGGGCCAGGGCUGCCCCCCUUCCUGCAGGACGGCCCCGUGGCCCUCAGCGCCCGGCAGGGGGAGGCCAGCCGGCAGGUGCUCAGCCUGGCCAGCCUGGCCGACAAGGCCUUGCGCUUCCGUUUCCUGCGUGGGGUCCAGCCCCCCGCCAUGGAGGGCCAGGUGGGGAGGGCCUGGGCCAUCUGCUGCUACCUGGCCUGCCUGCUGCAUGAACCCAUGGGGCUGCCCUAGGCUAGGGGGUCUGCGCCGUGGGGAUUCCCUGCUCCCCUCUGGCUGGCAAGUGUGGGGCUGGGCUAGGGGGCCUGGAUUUCCCCCCUUCCCCAGUGGUUGGGGGGAAGGGAAAUCUGGGGGCAUCCAAGGGGGAUCACUGGGGAUGGGCAGGGGGGGUCCUGCUUGCAGCUGAUCUAUGUGGCAGCCUGGAUAGGGCAUUUGGCCCUGCAGCACCCCCUCUUGGGGGGGGGGGGAAUGUGUCCACACUGGAAGGGGCAAAUCCUGCUCCUCAGCCCUGGGAGGGGCCGAGCCCCCCCCUCAAUUCCAGCCCACCCAGGCAGGAGGAUGGGAUGGUAUUGGGGCGCUGGAGGGAGCUGGGUCUGUUAUUCCCCCUUCCACACAGCUGCGGGUAAACCGAGGCACAGAAAAAACAUGCUCAGCCAAGGGUGGAGCCAGGGAUAGAACCCAGGAGUCCUGGCUCCCAGAUACCCCGCCCCCCGGCUCUAACCACUAGUCAAGACUCCCCUCCCAGUCAGGGAGAGAAAUGGUGUCAAGUGGUUAGAGGGGGGGCCAGGGAGGCAGGAUUCCUGGGUUCUAUUCUCAGCUUUGCUGUUGGUUUCCUGCUUCUGCCCAGCUGCUUCUGCCCAGCUGCUCCUGUCCCCGGGCUCCAACUGUUUUGGGGAGACUGAGGGUGCCUGGGGAGGCAAUUCCCCACCUUGGCCAAAUGGGGGGAGGGGGAGUUGCUGCAGGGCCACCGGCCAUGUCCCUGCUGCUCUCUGUAUGGGUGGGUUUGUGGAUUAUUUGUAACACGUCCCCCCCUUUCGGCUGGAAAUAAACCCUUUGUUCCUGGGAA